UUUUCCUUUUCUUUUUCCCCAAAUACACGAAGAGAAAGCACGGGCCUCUUCUCACCCCGAUCCUUGUUUGACUGUGUAUCUCACUAGUUUCUACUUUCUACCCCAAACCAAAAUCGAUUUUUCUCUAUAUCUCUGAGAGUUAAGAGUCAGAGGAGCUCGAUAUCCCUCUUGAUAGUUCAAUCAAUCAAAUUGGUUCGAUUAGAUUAGAGAUUUAGCAGAAAAGAUGUCAGGGAAAGGCGCAAAGGGUUUGAUAAUGGGCAAAACCCUAAGCAAGGACAAGGACAAAGACAAGAAAAAGCCCGUCACUCGUUCCUCUCGAGCUGGUCUUCAGUUCCCUGUUGGUCGUAUUCACCGUCUCCUUAAGACAAGGGUCAUGGCCCAUGGAAGAGUUGGUGCAACAGCUGCUGUGUACUCUGCUGCCAUCUUGGAAUACCUGACUGCAGAAGUUUUGGAGCUGGCAGGCAAUGCAAGCAAAGAUCUGAAAGUGAAGCGUAUAACACCUAGGCAUCUUCAGCUGGCAAUUCGUGGUGAUGAAGAACUUGAUACACUCAUCAAAGGAACAAUAGCCGGUGGUGGUGUGAUUCCUCACAUUCACAAGUCACUCAUCAACAAGUCUGCAAAGGAUUGAGGAUUGGCAAUUAUUGGGACCUUCCGUGGUUAUCACAGGAUACUGAUUCUAUUUUGUCUUGGUAGUUUUUGGGGACAUUUGGCAAGGUUGUUUUGUAGUAUUUCUGUCUGAAUGUAUUUAUUUUUCUAUGAAGGUUACAUCUUGAACUUGAACCUUGAUUUCUCU